AUGAUUGCAGAGGUCCUGGUCUGUACGAUUAUUGGAUAUGUGUUAUUUAUGCUGGUCAUUUUCAUUAGGCCGUAUCCUAUACAACAUUACCUUAUUUACUUGAAUUGGCUCAACUUUCCCUCGCUUAAAUUUCGAAAGGGAUUCGAAAGUCUUGGAUAUCGAGCUGGAAGUGUUCGCAAUGUAUCCAUUAAAACAAGCGAUGGUCUUACACUUGGCGGAUGGCACAUUCUUCCAAGAAAAGCAACUACAAAUCCAACCCCUGGUCAAGCAGUACCGGAUGAUUCUGACCAACGCGCAGAUCAAUUGCUUAAAUCUGCCGAGAGGGUGUACUUGUACUUUCAUGGAAAUGCUGGGAACCGAGCCACAUUUCAUCGCAACGAUUUUUACAAGAUGAUGUCGUCUCUCAGUGUUGAUUCUCAUGUUCUUGCUAUUGAUUAUCGCGGAUUUGGUGAUUCUUCGUCAGCCGUUCCUACUGAAAAAGGACUCGCAUUGGAUAGUCUUGCUGCAUACGAGUGGCUUGUUGCUCGCGGUGUUGCUCAUACAAAGAUCGUUCUGGUUGGUCACUCUCUUGGUACAGGUGUUGCCACAGAUCUAGCCUACUACCUUACAAAUUUGACAAAAUCUCCAUUGUUGCAGCUAUUUGGUGGUUUGAUUCUAGUAUCUGGUUACGUAUCUAUUUGCGAUGCUGCUAUUGGAUACCCCAUGUUACCACUUUUAAAACCAUUUCACGGAUACCACAUUACCGAAUGCUGGAUAAAGGAAAGGUUUGUUGAUCACUGGGAAAGCGCGCAAAAGAUCAGUGCAAUCCGCACACCAAUUUUGGUUAUUCACGGUAAAGAAGAUAUUGAAAUCAAUCCAUGGCAGGGGCGAGCACUGUUUCUUGAAGCUGCUGGUGGCCGACUGGGUCAGAAACUUGUUGAUGAUAAUGGAUACUGGCAACUCCGGGAAUCUGCCUCCAAGUUUAUGCCACAUGAGUUGGACGGCGUGAUGAUUACCGAUUUAGGCACGCAUGAAGGUGACUUGUGGAGCGUAGAGGUGACUGCAAAGUCUGCUGAUAUUGCAGCAAAUGCCACGACACCCAACGUUGCAAAACCAGCUGGGCCUGUAUGGUUAUUGGAAGUAGCUCAUGGUGGACAUAAUACUCUUUCAAAAUUCUUGGUUGUUAGCGAUACCAUUGAAUCGUGGACCCAUGAAUGUCUUGAUGCUGAGCUCAAGUCACACGGAUCUUCCAAUUGAUCAGAUUAAUUUAUGAUUUAUAGCUCUAUAAAACCAAUAUCGGUUGUAUUGAAAAAUUGAAGGUUAUUUAAGGAUUUGUGGAUU